CAGUGAAGCAGCUUGGACGCUGACCGGGACUGCAGCUGUAACAGAUGUCUCGUCGCGCCAUGUCUCUUCUUCUUCUUCCGCAGUGGUCCUCUCGUGUGUUUUUGGUAGAGCUGGGUGGAGAACCUGUCUAUUUUUCAAUACAAGAAAAGAGCCGGGGGAAAGAAGUGUCACGUGUUUUCAGAAAUGUCCAAAACAACGACAGGUGUUACUCUGUCCUCGUCUGCGGCGGCGACAGAAUCGAACGAGCCAAGUUUUACGCGGAGCUGAAGCAGAAACUGUUGCGAGAACUGCCGAAAGAGUGCGACUUGUCUCCCAUGUCCUCAUUCCUGCCAAAUGUCAAAGACUCUCUCCUCAAAGGCUACUUCUUAAAAGAUACAUCCCCGAGUGCGUCCCUGUCAGAGCGAGUUCUGAGAGAGUUCGUCCAGCAUGAGCCAGUGCUUGUGUGUUCAUACCUGAGAGGUGAGGACGGCCAGCAGUGGACUCAGAAGUGUCUGUGGAAAGAGUCAGACAACCGGGCGGUGGAAAUGUCAAAGGAUUUCUGUGUUGUGCCAUCCGAGGCGCCAGAAUUUCACCCAGCUACACUGAACAUCAUCAACUCCGAUGUCUUCUACAACUUUGAGGAGGCCUGUGAAGUUCUGAAAGAGAGCGCUGACAUCAUCCCAGAGGCGACAUCUGUUCUGGAGCUGCUGCCCAGCCGAGUGGAGGCCAGAAGUAAACCAGACUUCCCUGUUAUUGUCAUAGAGGGCCUGGAUGCCACAGGUAAGACCACGCUGACUGAGUCUCUGAAGAAUGCUCUUGGAGCCACUCUUCUUCGCUCACCUCCCCAGUGCCUGUCCCCCUUGAGGGCCCGCUUUGAUCGGGAGCCGCCCCUCUUCCGCAGGGCCUUCUACGCUGUAGGGAAUUAUAUCACAGCUGAGGCAAUAGGCCAGGAGGGAAUGAAGACACCUGUCAUCGUUGACAGAUUCUGGCACAGCACAGCAGCCUAUGCCAUAGCCACAGCAGUGAGUGGUCCUGUGUGCAACCUUCCAGCAGAGGGUUCAGAGGUCUACAGGUGGCCCACUGACCUGCUGCAGCCCAGCCUGGUGGUCUUACUCACACUGGACCCUGAGGAGAGAAAAAGGAGGCUGAGGGACAGAGGUCAAGGAGAGACUGCAGAGGAGCAAGAGUUAGACCACAACCAGCUUUUCAGACUCAAAGUGGAGGAGGCUUACCACAGGAUCAGUGGGCCAGCCUGCGUCACCGUGGAUGCUAGUCCUCCUGCAGACCAAGUGCUCCAACAAGUGCUGCUUUUAAUUAGGGGCAAAUGCCACUUGUAAACAAUCAUCUCCGUCUCCCCCUGCUGUCGGCCAAGCAUCAAGUGGAUGCAGUACCUCCUUUCACCACUGGGUGCCAGUAAGGUGUUGUGUAUGUGACAGUAGGAGGCUGACGGCCAGACUGGACUGUGGCUGGGAGAUGCUGUUCAGAAUGAGCAAAGGUUGAAUGGCCAGGGGCCAAAAGAACUGUGUGCUACGAUCAGGAAUACAUAAUGAUGCAGACACACACAUGCAUGCACACAUUUAGACACACACAAGUGCAGAUAUGAAUGUGUUGACAAUGUGCUUAAGUGCUAUUUGACUUUUUACAAAUCGCAUUCAGUGUAGCUGCACUUAAUGACAAUAUUAAAUGAUUUAAACAGAUACUGAGGAAUGGAUAGAUACAUUUAUAUAAGCACCAGGUAAAAAUCAAAUAAACACACAAACAGGACUAGGAUGAAGCACUACAUACACACACAGACACAAGAACACACAGAAUAAAAGCACAUACAAAAAUACAGGAUUCAAUUCACGUAAAAUUAAAACAUACCUCUAUAGUUGUUGUUUUUUUAAGUUUUAUAUUAAAAGAAAAUUACACUAAAUCUGGUUGGUCUCUGAGGAAAGUGUGUCUCACAGAAGCAGAGUAAAAAGUUUGUUACACUAAUUACAAAAACUUGUGUUCCAGCUUGCUUAUAGGCAUGUAUAAAAACUUCCUGUGGACAUACAAAAUAAAAGUUGCAAGCAAGUCA